AUCAAUAUCAGAGUCACCCGAAUUGCGGUGGCACGAGGGAACCGAGACCAGAACAGUCAAUCAUUCAUGCAUCACUGCACAUGCCUUUGGGAUCUGUCUUCCUUAAUUCUGCUCGCAUUGCGUUGCAUUGCAUAAGAUAAUCUCUCUCCAUCCCGAGCCAAACUCAUCUUUCAUUCAUGCCCUGUUAGACACGUUCCCUAAAAUCUAGUGUUCCGCCACCCCACCCAAACCUCAGCUCUUUCUUCUUCUUCUUCUUCUUCUUCUUGUCUUGCUUACAUAGCCUCUGUAAAUCUUGCUACAGCAUUAUAACUACAAAUUCAACUCUCUCGCCCAGUUUUCCAUCCCUGCUUUAGCAAGGUCUGCUUUCUUCAGAGUGGAACACCCGCCCACGAAUCUUGAAACUCUUUACUGACCAUCAGUCAGAUCAAAAGCUGCAUCUUUGCACACUUCUUCUGUCAUGAGAAACACCCACAUGCUCAAACUCAUUUUUGGACUAGCUACAGCUGCGGCUGCAUUAGCUCUGUUCCUCUUCUUUUACUUCUACCGAAAUGUAUCAAGAACAGAUGGUCAAGGAGCAGACUUGGAGAAAUCAAACAGACCGUACGAAGAUCAGACGGAGGUGGAGGACCUGAUGACGUUCCGAGGAGGCGAGGAUCUCACGAUUGGUGAAAUCUUGGAUGCUCCAGGAGAAGUCAUAGGGAAGUCCAGUUAUGGGACACUGUACCGGGCUGUGUUUCAUCAGAGCAACUCACUGAAAUUGCUGAGGUUCUUGAGACCGGUUUGUGUCAUAAGAAGUGAAGAAUCUGCCGAGGUGAUUGAGACUUUGGGAAGUGUUAGGCACCCAAAUUUGGUUCCUUUACUGGGGUCUUAUUCUGGGCCAAGAGGAGAGAAAUUGCUGGUUUAUCCAUUUUAUAGGAAGUGGAAUCUGGCAGAGUUCAUCCGAGAUGGAAACAAAAAUUCUCACAGAUGGGCCACCAUCUACAAGAUCUCAAUGGGCAUAGCCGAAGGAUUGGAUCAUCUUCACACGGGACUAAUGAAGCCUAUAAUCCACGGGAAUCUAAAAUUGAAGAACAUUUUCUUGGACCACAAUCACCAGCCGUCCCUCUCGGAUUUCGGCUUGCAUUUGCUGUUUAACCCAGUGGCUGGUCAAGAAAUGCUCGAAGCAUCGGCAGCUGAGGGCUACAAAGCUCCUGAGCUCAUCAAAAUGAAAGAAGCAAGUGCAGAUUCCGAUAUAUACAGUCUUGGCGUGAUCUUGCUCGAAAUGCUUACUGGGAAGGGACCAAUCAAUGGCAAAGCAUCUUCUGAUGAGGAGACUUAUCUACCAAACUACAUCAGAAGUGCAGUACUUGGUCGUAGAGUCUCAGAGUUAUAUCAUCCUGAUAUUCUUUUGAGCAAUGGAGGUGGUAGUGAUGAUGUUUCAGCUUCAGAACAGCGCGUGCUCAAGUUGUUUCAACUUGCAAUGACUUGUUGUUCUCCAUCUCCUUCCCUCAGACCAACCGCAAAGCAAGUCCGAUGGAAGCUUGAGGAAAUCGAGAAAUGAGGACUGGAUUAGAGUUCAUCAGACAGAGAUUGAAUCUGCUAAGUAAUAGAAGUAUAGGUCUAGGUAUACUCUGACGGUUAAAUUAAUAGCUGAGACUGUGUCAUUUGGUGAGGCCCUGUGACAGUGACAAUGAGAGUGACAGUGACACUAUGAUGUUUCCAUAUCAAUGGAGUUUCUUUUACUAGCAAAACCUUUGAACGUUUCAGCUACCCAACAAACAAUAGCAGAUGCAGUGACAUUGACUUCCAGGACGGUUUUGUUUGUGGGCAUUACUAAUUCCCUGAAGAAACAGGUGGAUGCGUCAGCCAUUCAAAAGGAUUGGAGAAUUGUUGAUUUGGGUUUUGUCCCGUUUCAAGAUUCUUGAUUGUUACCACAAUUAUCAGCUACAACAAAUUGUGGAUUCUGGUGGUCCCAUCUUGAUUGUGGAGGCUACUAAAUCCUGAAUUUGGAGCUAUGUCAUUGGGAUUGAUAAUUGAUAUGGGUGUCCAGAUCUUUUGUUCAUUUCUUGAGUAAAGAAUGUCAGGUACCAAUGGAAGCUGAAGUGCUCACUGGGUAUCACAUUUUUUAUUUUUGCUUUAAAGAUAAUCCCCGUUCGUAGUGAUUAAAGAAUAUCUGGCACCAAUGAAAUGUAAAGUGCUCACUCAACGUUGGCAUAUUUUAGUA